AUGUCCUCCCGACCGAUUCCGGCCACGGCAGCCAAUCUCAUUGAGACAAGCCAACUGCGCAGGAGAUAUUAUAGUGCUCAAGUGUACGCGCAGACACAAGUGCACUCUCUAUUCCUGUCACUCUCAUACUCCGGUGGGACGACACGAGACACGACCGGUGAGAGUUCGGAGAGAGUCCAAGACGCGGGGGUGAAACAUCACCAACUUCCCAACUCUGGACUGUUACUGAGGCUUACCAAACAAAAAGACUUAAUA